CCCCAGUGCUGCUCGAUUAUCCUCUCGUACAACUUGUUCGGCGCCUCUGUCGUCUGUCUCUCGUUUCACCUCUGCCAGCUCUGCGACACCUCCGCACCUUCCAUCUUCCAAGCCCGCCGACAGCGUGUUUGCCUUCCGUACAUUGUUAACAGCGUUUGCCUUGUAUUCUGCUUCCGACCAGGCACGAGAAAGGUUGAACCUGCGGCCAAAGCACCUUUUAAUUAGACGUUAUUUCCUGCUACGACCCGACAUAUCAACAACCCUUUAGACGCAUUUCUAUCGCACACAACACCCGCACUUCGACGUCACUACCGACGACCGCCCACGGGCGAAGACAGCCAAUAUGAGAGCGCACACGUCAUAUUCCGCCAUGCUGGCACCUUUCAUAUUACUCGCAUCCGCGCCACUAGGAGUCCUGGCCGGCGAUGUCCUCCAGACCAACGGUUACAGCUCGUGUCUGAAUGGCCCCGCAGAGAUCAAGGUCAACAAGCUGGACAUUCAGUUCGAUCGGGGCACGAAGAAGGUCGUUUUCGAUGUUUCGGGCACCAACGAAAAGGAGCAAAAGGUCAUGGCGACCCUUAUUGUCAAUGCCUAUGGCAAGGAGGUCUACAAGAAGCCCUUCAACCCAUGUGACGAAGGCACCAAAGUCGACCAGCUGUGUCCAGUGCCAUCUGGUACCUUUGCCGCCAAGGGUGAACAAACAAUCGACGAAAAGUACCUCAAGGACAUUCCCGCCAUCGCAUUCACCAUCCCCGAUAUCGACAGCCAAGCUACCAUGCAGCUUAAAGCAGUAGAUGGAGGACAGGACCUUGCAUGCAUCACAUCACAGGUCACCAACGGCCAGUCUCUUUCGACCAAGGGCGUCCAAUACAUCGCAGCCGGCAUCGCAGGUGCUGCGCUUCUCCUGUCUGGUGCCUCCGCUUUCGCCAGUGCAGGCACGUCCGGUGCUACUGCCUCGAGUCCCACGUUCGGCGACAUCGUCGGAUGGUUCCAGGCAAUGGCUCUGAACGGCAUGAUGAGCGCCGAUGUCCCCGGUGUCUACCGCAGCUGGUCCAAGAACUUCGCCUUCAGCACGGGUCUGAUCUACUGGGAGGACAUGCAAUUGUCCAUCGACGGCUUCCGUCAGAACACCGGCGGUAACCUCACGCAGAACAGUGUUCCAUUCCUCCAGAACGCCACCCUCGUCCACGUCGACCAAAAAGUGAACUUGGCUAAGCGCGCCUUCCUUUUCGCCCGCGAUGAGCUUAACACUGACCUCAGCGGCAAUGCCACAGAAGGUGGAGAUGACAGCAAGGUCGUACACAUGGUCAAGGGCAUCCAGGGCUUCGUUGAAGAGUACACCAUCCCAGACGGUAACGCUUUCAUGACUGUCUUACUGGUUUUUGCCAUCGUUAUCGCAGCCAUAACUGUCGGUAUCUUGCUGUUCAAGGUCAUCCUCGAAACCUGGGCCCUCUUCGGUAGCUUCCCCAAGCGCCUGACCAGCUUCCGCAAGCGUUACUGGUGGACCCUGGCAAAGACCAUCACCAAUUUGGUCCUUCUCCUCUACGGUAUUUGGGUGCUCUACUGUGUUUACCAGUUCAAGAACGGAGACUCCUGGGCCGCGAAGACGCUCGCUGGUGUCACUCUGGCCGCCUUCACCGGUGUCUUGGUCUUCUUCACUUGGAAGAUCUGGAGCAUCGCGCAAAAGUUCAAGAAGCUCGAGGGUAGCCCAUCCGCUCUCUACGACGACAAGGAGGUCUGGCGCAAGUACAGCCUGUUCUACGAGAACUACAAGCAGAGCUACUGGUGGCUCUUUAUCCCAACCAUCAUCUACAUGUUCGCUCGUGGAUGUGUCAUUGCCGGAGCAGAUGGUCACGGUCUUGCGCAGGCUGCUGGCCAGCUCAUCGUCGAAGCUCUCCUGCUCACCGUUCUCCUCUGGUCUCGCCCCUACGCUCGCAAGUCUGGUAACUGGAUCAACAUUGUCAUUCAGGUCGUCCGUGUGCUAUCAGUUGUCUGCAUUUUGGUCUUUGUUGAGGAGCUCGGCAUGUCGCAAACUACGAAGACCGUCACCGGUCUCGUACUUGUCGUUGUCCAAGCUUCCUUGACAGGUGUUCUCGCCAUCCUCAUUGCUGUCAACGCCAUCAUCAUUUGUUGCAAGGAGAACCCUCACCGCAAGAAGAGAAAGGAGGCUGAGAAAGCCCGCGACAUCGACACCCUCACCCCCCUUGAUGCACGCAACUCGCUUCUCAUGGACCCACAAGAGCAUAGCAACAAGCGCAGCUCAUUCCCCGUUCCCUUCGGCCCCCGCGCUGGUGGUUACGACCAAGUUCCGCUCUCAGAGCAGAACACCGCCUACAAGGGUGGCUACAGCGACCAAGGUGUCCUUCUUGCCGACGCUUCCACAUUCGGAAGAACAGGUUCUCAUGCUCGCAGCUUCAGCAGCCAGCGAGACGACAGUCCUGCGCGACUGCAAGACCCCGUAACCUCAGGCUACCACACGACAGGCUACAACUCAAACGCCCCAUGGCAACCUGCUCAACCACGGGGAGCCACCGGAUACUAA